CGCCGCUGCUGCUGCUGCACCGGAGCUCCGCCCGGGCUCGGCCCCGACCUCUGCCCUCCUCCUCCUGCUCGUCCUCCUCCUUUUGGCCGUUGCCUUCGAGGCCCGGCCCGGUCCGGUCCCGCCCCGCUAACAAGUGGGCGACGAUGCCUUUCGAGAUCAAGAAAGUCUUCGCCAGCCUCCCCCAGGUCGAGAGAGGCGUCUCCAAAAUCAUCGGAGGUGAUCCGAAGGGCAACAGUUUCCUGUACACCAAUGGGAAAUGCGUCAUCAUAAGGAAUAUCGACAAUCCAGCGGUUGCCGACAUCUACACGGAGCACGCCCACCAAGUCGUCGUGGCCAAGUAUGCCCCCAGUGGCUUCUACAUCGCGUCCGGAGAUGUCUCUGGAAAGCUGAGAAUCUGGGAUACGACACAGAAGGAACAUCUCCUGAAAUAUGAGUAUCAGCCUUUUGCUGGAAAGAUCAAGGACAUUGCGUGGACCGAAGACAGCAAGAGACUUGCGGUUGUCGGGGAAGGACGAGAGAAGUUCGGCGCGGUUUUCCUGUGGGACACGGGCUCCUCUGUCGGGGAGCUGACCGGACACAAUAAGGUCAUCAACAGCGUGGACAUCAAGCAGACCCGGCCCUACCGGCUGGCCACGGCCAGCGACGACAACUGCGCCGCCUUCUUUGAGGGGCCGCCCUUCAAGUUCAAGUUCACCAUGGGCGACCACAGUCGAUUUGUUAACUGCGUGAGGUUUUCUCCCGAUGGAAACAGAUUUGCUACAGCUAGUGCUGAUGGCCAGAUUUAUGUCUAUGAUGGAAAGACUGGAGAGAAAGUCUGUGCUCUAGGAGAUAGCAAAGCUCACGACGGAGGAAUUUAUGCCAUCAGUUGGAGCCCCGACAGCAGCCAGUUGCUUUCCGCUUCCGGAGACAAGACGGCCAAGAUUUGGGAUGUGGGGGCUAACUCCGCGGUCAGCACAUUCAACAUGGGUUCGAACGUGCUGGAUCAGCAGCUGGGCUGCUUGUGGCAGAAAGACCACCUGCUCAGCAUUUCUCUGUCCGGCUACAUCAACUACCUGGAUAAAAACAACCCAGACAAGCCCCUGCGGGUCAUCAAGGGUCACAGUAAAUCCAUCCAGUGCCUGACCGUGCAUAAAAAUGGUGGGAAGUCUUACAUUUAUUCCGGUAGCCACGAUGGACACAUCAAUUAUUGGGAUUCUGAGACCGGAGAGAACGAUGCCUUUGCCGGAAAAGGCCACACCAAUCAGGUGUCCAGGAUGACCGUGGACGAGUCCGCCCAGCUGGUCAGCUGCAGCAUGGACGACACCGUGCGCUACACCAGUCUACUCCACAAAGACUACAGUGGCCAGGGAGUGGUAAAACUGGAUAUACAACCAAAGUGUGUUGCAGUUGGUCCAGGGGGUUAUGCAGUUGUGGUUUGUAUUGGACAAAUCGUCUUAAUGAAGGAUCAGAAGAAGUGCUUCAGCAUCGACGACCCCGGCUAUGAGCCGGAAGUCGUGGCGGUCCAUCCGGGCGGAGGGACGGCGGCCGUGGGCGGAGCCGAUGGGAACGUCCGAUUAUAUUCCAUCCAAGGGACCACCUUGAAGGACGACGGCAAGCUGCUGGAAGCCAAGGGCCCGGUGACCGACCUGGCUUAUUCUCACGACGGCGCCUUCCUCGCUGUCUGCGACGCCAGCAAGGUGGUCACCGUCUUCAGCGUGGCGGACGGCUACACGGAGAACAACAUUUUCUAUGGACACCACGCCAAAAUAGUGUGCAUCGCGUGGUCACCUGACAAUGAGCAUUUCGCUUCAGGGGGCAUGGACAUGAUGGUGUACGUUUGGACUCUCAGCGAUCCGGAAACCAGAGUCAAGAUACAAGAUGCCCAUAGAUUACAUCACGUAAGCAGUUUGGCUUGGUUGGAUGAACACACCCUGGUAACAACCUCCCAUGAUGCUUCGGUCAAAGAGUGGACAAUCUCCUACAAUUGAACGCGCACCUUGUAUUUGGAAGGGCCUAAGCAGGGACUAGAAUGAAUGCAGUGCAACGUGGCAUUUCUUUAAAUGUUUCUGUCGAGGCCUCCGGGUCUUCUUAAUCAUUUAUCUUUCAUCUUUACAGGGUGUUCAUAUCUGUUAAUGUACUUCGAAAGCUUUAGCCAGUAACAGUUUGCACAUGGCAAUGUGGGGGAGGGGGAGAAAGCACUUAAACUCUGUCUGGAGCUUCAAACCUUGUUUCGCGCGAGUGUGUGUGCUGAACAUUCCAGAGGCAACAGCCUAGCGAAAGCCCCCCCCGGAAGAUUGAAGAAAAAAAAUGAAAUACCCCCCCCCCCCGCCCUGCCUCUUCCCCACAGUGGUUCUUCGUUCCUAACAGCGCAAACAUGUGAGAUUGUACAGCAUGAGAUAAAUAUUUCUCAUCUUUCUAAUUACAGAACAUUUCUGUACUUGCAAUCAUAGUGAACGUUUAGUCACGCCCGAUGAUAGCCGAAAGCUGUGUGCAGCAACUGUAUAUUACUUGCUUGUCUCUACUGCACCAAACCGUUGCCUCAAGAUUGUCUUCCUCCAGGUCAGCGAGGUACAGACGUAAUAAACUUUUUAUGUACUUCCCGGCAGGUUUUUGUGCUUCAUUUUCAAGGUGGAAAGUGGGAUUUUGAUGUACGUACUGUUGUCCGUUCAAUGUUUACAAAACUGGCGUUCUCAGCUUUUAGGGAUCUUGUCUUAUGGACUGAGGCAUUUUGGUCACCAUUUCAACGAUCAAUUCCCUGACUUUCUUUUCUCUUCUUUAAAGAUUUAAGGAAAAUGAUUGAAUCAGUGUAAACUAAUCUAUGAUAAUGUCACCUUUUUUUCUUUUUUCAGUGCCGAAAUUAAACCAAGUAAAGCACCAA